UCAUAUUCAGGCAUUCCGAGGCAUAGAAAGUGGGUGUGUGAAGUGGAGCAUUACUAUGUAAAGAGCUGCUAUUACGCACACGGCGCUUGAUAAAACACACAGUCGUUUGCGCACAGACGCACGCGCUCGUACGCACACUCACUCACACGCACACAUACAUACACAUACACAGACGCUGAAGGCGCUGUCGGCGAGUGAACCUGCGGGUUCAUGUCACUCUGAUUUCUCCGAGGAAGAGGAAUACUGAGGAAGAGAUCAGAGGGGAAUAUCUGCCACUGCCACCGCGAUGGCUUUCCGUGCGACCGUGUGGAACUACUGCGUCCCUCUCACCAUCUUCACCGUCGCCUGCCUUGUGCGCACUGCCCGUUGUCAGGCAGUGCAGGCAGAGAAUGUGACAGUCUUGGAGGGAGGCACAGCCCAGAUCUCCUGCCGCCUGCAGAACUACGAUGGAUCGAUAGUGGUCAUCCAGAAUCCCCGCCGGCAGACUCUGUUCUUCAACGGAACACGAGCUCUGAAGGACGACCGUUUCCAGAUGGUGCUCUUCACGCCACGGCUGGUGCGCAUCACGUUGACCAACGUCAGCGUGUCUGACGAGGGUGGCUACUUCUGCCAGCUCUACACAGAUGCCACUCACCACCAGGUGGCGACACUGUCGGUUCUGGUGCCCCCAGAAACUCCCACUGUGGAGGUGAAGCAGGAGGCCGUGGAGGGCGGAGAGGUGGAGCUCACCUGCGUGUCUCCACGUAGCAAACCAGCUGCCACCCUGCGAUGGAUCCGUAACGGACGGGAGAUCCCAGGUGUGGUGUCCCAGCAGGACAAUGCGAAGACAUUCAGCGUGUCUAGCACCAUCCGGAUCCCCGUAGAAAGGAAAGACAACGGCGCCGCGCUGAGCUGUGAGGCGUCCCACCCCGCCUUAAAUGGGCAGAAGAAGAUUCGCCACUACCGCCUGGAUGUGUAUUUUGCACCCACGGUGAGAAUUGUUCCUCCCAGUAUUUUGCGAGAGGGCGACUCGCUUAGCCUGACCUGCUCUGUCACUGGAAACCCACUUCCCAGGAACAUUCAGUGGUCCAAGAUCAACGAUACUUUACCUGAGAGAGCUGAAAUUUCUGGCCCCACUUUCCAGAUUUCCCGCCUCAGCCAAUCACACAACGGGACGUACUUGUGCCAGGCCCAGAACAACUUUGGUCGUGCUGCUGAUCACUACACCCUGUUGGUGUAUGAUAAUGUGUCUGUCACUUCCACGGCCCCUCCCACUCCUACUACCACCACCAAACCCAUCACCUCCCUACCUCCUGCCAUCCCAACCCUCCUAACACCCAGCUUCGCCCCGGACUCGGAAGAUCCUGGUGCAGUUGUAGAGACUCACAGUGCAGUACCGUAUGCAGUGAUAGGCGGCGUUCUGGCACUGCUGGUUUUCACUGUCAUCUGUGUCCUCAUUGUCACCAUCUGGUGCUCCGUCCGACAGAAAGGUUCCUAUCUUACCCAUGAGGCCAGUGGGUUGGAUGAACAUGGAGAGGUGCAGGAGGCCUUCCUCAAUGGGAACGACGCCAGCCAGGGCAAGAAGGAGUACCUACUGUAGCCCCUCUCCUUCCCUGUCCCCCCCUCUCUUCUGACCUCAUCCUUCUAUCCGUCCGUCCCCCCCCUCCCCUGUAUCCCACCUUAUAUACAAGUAUACACAUAUACACACAGACCACCACACACACGGACACAUCUAUAAACACAAUGCGCCGACAGGCAGCCUUUUGAAAAUGACUGUAUACAGAUACUGCACACAGCCAAUCCAUCCCACCCCAUUCCACCCCAUGUUGUUUGUACGCAGACCGAGAAAAAGAGAACCUAUAUAGAGCCAACCAGCCAUUAACCCUGUGCCAUAUACUGUACAUUGGAGAAACUAGGGGCAACUGAGAGAGGGAGCAUGUGGUAAAGGUGGCAAAAAAGAAUCAACGCCAUAAUUAUUUUAAUCAAGAGAGAAGCAGGGAGCACAAAAAAACCAGCACUCUGCCCGUGCAACCACAGAAGUGAUGGUGGAAUUAAAGGUAGAUGACUGCUAUAAUUCCGUGCCUGGAGAAAGCCAUCCAUUUCUAAAAAAGCUCAAUCUUAAAUGGUAGUGGGAGAAAUAUAGGGGAAGGGGAGAACCAAGGUACUCCGCUCUGUUGAUUUUUUUUUUUUUUUUUCCUCAAUUGCCAAAGCAUCUUGCCUUCAUAGUGCAACCACUAUAUAAUUUUCUAACAACACUGGAGUGUGUGAUCCCAGACUCCCACCAGAAAGUAUCCAUACUUUAUGAACCAGCCAACCAUCCUGUUUUGCCCCCCCCUGCUGGGUAACUUACCCGUUAUUUAUGGGAAGAUCAACUUUUAGUGAUUUUUGCAGGUUACAACGGCGAAGGGGACGCAUGGUUCCUUUUUUCAGUAAUAUACUCUGGGCUCCCUCCUUCUGCUCAGUUCACCUGUUACUAUGCUCCCUUCUCUCUUUUAUAUCUCUCUUUCUCACCGUCUGCCCCCCCACCCCCCUUUUCACUCCUCCUUUGUUGGCUCCUAAUAAUGAACGGAUUAGUGUUGGGCUACGUUCCCGACAAAGAAGAAAGGAAUAUGACUGCUAAGGCAUUAAAGAAAAGCUUAAUUAUUUUAGAAUGUCAUUAAGAGGAUAAAAAGGUUUGAAAGUCUUAAUAGAAGGGCAAGGGGAGUGAUAGCAAAAGGAAUGAAUGAGACAUAAAACUGAUGGUAUUUUUUUCUGAAUGCUACCACACACAUGCACACAUUCAUACGUACAGUAAACAUAUUGACAGAACAAGUAUACAUAUCUCUGAAUUCCUUAUUUGUAUAAAAAAAGAACAACAUAAAUUAAAUUAAACUUUUAAGAAAUGAGAAAACAGUUUACUAUUGAAACGCAUUAUGAAGCAACUAUACUAACACAGAAUAUUAGCCUAUAGAGGUGCAAAGCCGAACAAACUACUGUCCAGUGAUCUUUAAAGAAAAAAAGAAAAAGAAUUAAAAAAAAUAUAUUCAUUUGUCUUUAUGAGAAACCAGAGGUCUUAUUGAUUUUUUAAUUAAUUAUUAUUAUUUGAACAAUUAUGAUUGUUGUUACUGUUAUUAUUAUUGCCGUUGUUAUUAUUAUAAUUGUAAAUGUUAAAGAAAUGUACACUUCCCAUGGUUUGUUUUUGGUUCUACUGUAGAGAAAUAGCUGUCUUUUUUCACUCUUUUCCUCUUACCUUUCCUCUCUUUCCCAGUCUUUCUCUCUCUUCGUCUCCUGUGCCUAGUCGUCUCUUCUCCUGUCUUUCACUCUUGUUUAUUUUAGAGUCCAUGUGUCAUUGUUGAUAUAUAGCUAACUAUUUCUUUAUAGGGGAAAGAUACAAAGCACGACAAAAUAAAAAGAAUUCAAAAAUAA